GGCAAGAUGGCCGACACGGCGGCUACAUCCGGGGCCGGCGGCUCCGGAACGAGAUCAGGAAGUAAACAGUCCACUAACCCUGCUGAUAACUACCAUCUGGCUCGGAGACGAACCCUGCAAGUGGUUGUGAGCUCCUUACUGACAGAGGCAGGAUUCGAAAGUGCUGAGAAAGCAUCCGUGGAAACAUUGACAGAGAUGCUGCAGAGCUACAUUUCAGAAAUUGGGAGGAGCGCCAAGUCUUACUGUGAGCACACUGCCAGGACUCAGCCCACGCUGUCGGAUAUCGUGAUUACACUUGUUGAGAUGGGUUUCAAUGUGGACACCCUCCCUGCUUAUGCCAAACGGUCUCAGAGGAUGGUCAUCACUGCCCCUCCAGUGACCAAUCAGCCUGUGACUCCUAAGGCUCUCACUGCAGGGCAGAACCGACCCCACCCGCCACACAUCCCCAGCCACUUUCCUGAGUUCCCUGAUCCCCACACCUACAUCAAAACACCGACAUACCGCGAGCCCGUGUUGGACUACCAGGUCCUGCGGGAGAAGGCUGCAUCCCAGAGGCGCGACGUGGAGCGGGCACUCACCCGCUUUAUGGCCAAGACCGGCGAGACCCAGAGUCUUUUCAAAGAUGAUGUCAGCACAUUUCCAUUGAUUGCUGCCAGGCCUUUUACCAUCCCCUACCUGACAGCUCUUCUUCCCUCUGAGCUGGAGAUGCAACAAAUGGAAGAGACGGAUUCUUCAGAGCAGGAUGAGCAGACAGACACAGAAAACCUCCCUCUUCAUAUUAGCACGGACGAUUCUGGAGCAGAGAAGGAGAACACCUCAGUCCUGCAACAGAACUCCUCCUUGUCGGGAAACCGGAAUGGGGAGGAGAACAUUAUUGAUAACCCCUAUCUGCGACCUGUGAAGAAACCCAAGAUCCGCAGGAAGAAGUGAGUUGGAGGCUGGGAUCCAGAGAGGCUGCUCUGGCCAACUCAGGACUUGAUUCCUUUGAAACCUAGAAGACCAGGGAAGUGGCAGGAAAGAAAGGGUUCUUUGCCUGCUUUGCUUACUACUGGAAAGACUGUUUGCCCAGUUUGUAUUUCAGAAUAUCUGGACUCUUUUACUGACUCAUAAACAAUUUGUGGCACUGAUGUAUCAUCCCAGAAUUUCAUUCUUAUUUCACUUCUCACCUGGACUACAAGUGUCCUGUUGAGCUGAUUGAGAGUGACUUUGCCCUCCCCCAGCAUGGUGGAAACAGGAAGCAAAGGAGCUGCAGGUGGCUGAAUGGCACGUGACAGCUUUGAUCUGGAGCACGCCAGAAUCAGGAACUGUGGGCAGAUAAGUUAAUUUAGAGGAAAACGAAUGACAGAGAAGGGCAGUGCAGCUUCUCUCAUCAGCAUCUGAAGAAAGCUCCCUGAAAUGGGGCCACACUAUCCUCCCGAGAGAUUUAUCAUGUGUGAUCCCUCUGCGGAAAGUGUGCUUAGGAACUACCAAGACCUGCCCCCUCCUGGGAAAAGAGCUUUUCUCUGAUGAGGGCCCCAAGCCCUGGAUAUGUUGUGCUGUUGAUGGAGGAGCCAGAGAUUUUAAACAACAGUAACUGGAUUUGCUAGAGUGGUGGAGAGGUGGCCUUGGCCUUGAGUUCUGAAAGCUGAGAGAGAAACCUGGCUGGUCUGCUGGAAGGCUGGUGUAGAUGGAGGGUCACGUUCCCACUUUAUGGUCGAGGUGGGCUGAGCGGGGCCUGUGGGUAAAGCCAAGAUGUUCUUCAAGCAGCCGUCUGCAUCAGUAAACCUCUUAGCCUGGUGGGGAGAGAAGAUUCCAUUCUGGAUGUGCUCUACAAACCAGAAGAAGGGUUUUUUUAAAGGUAAUGCUGAGCAAGCUGAUACCUUUUGACUGAUCUUGGAAGGAAGAAAUUUUAAAACUAGGUCUAAGGAAGAAAACUGCUAGCAACACCUGGAAGUUCAGCACAGGAUAAACAAGUAGUUUGCUGGGUCCGAAUCCUAAGGUCCAUAUUGAGAAUUUUAUUUUAAAUUUAUUUAUAUGCCCACUUGGCUUCCACAAGUCAUCUCUUAAUCUUCCAUCUUCUUGGUGAAUUUGAAAACUGGAAAACUACUGUGACUUAACAGCGGGUGCCCUGUUCCCUGGCCUUACUGCUCUAGGGCACGUCAUCCCUUUGCUUGGAAGGAAAGAGCUGCUUGUUGGUAACUGCAGCGGGGAUACUAGCAAGAGAAUUGGACUCCCCAACUCUAGACCAAGUAUGGAUUUUUCAGGCUUGUAGUGACCUGAAACUUCCAGUUGAAAGCCAUUAGACUGGGGCCAUCCCCACGUACGUGGUGCUGGGCCUCUGCUGACCCUCAGGGGUUUAGGAUGUAGUCCUUGGUGAUUCUUGGCCCAAUGAGUUUAAAUCCAGUUCCAGGUUGAGCCACGACAGCUGCAGGGCUGAAAUUUUCCCAGAUUCCUGUUCUCCCUGCUCUCAGGAACCGUCAUCCCAGCCAGCAUUUCUGCAGUUGCUCAUUUGUGGUUACUCUCCAGAACAAACACUUGUUGAACUCUGGUGUGCUGAGGGAUGUGGUGGGGUUGGGAAAGGGUUGCCAUUUCUGCUGUGAAUAUUUCAGAGGCUGUCCUUCUGUAAUCAUGAUCCGGAUGAGAGACACUGAGAGGUGGUUAGACAACUUGGAACAUUGAUCUGAUGGUAGUUCUAGUGUGAAAACUGUGCAUAAUUCUUGAUGUAUAUUUAUAUAUUUCUAUUUUUUAUAACUUUGGGGGAUAUUUUGGAGGGAAAAGGUAGUGAACAGAGCCAGAUUUAAAAUGUGACUUAUGAACUCAUAAUAAAAAUUCAUAAUAGAAACUCUGUAAAUGAAACAGAAUUGCAAGCUUCGAACUUAAUUCAUGUCCAGAAAUUGCAGUGAUGAGUAAGGCUGUAGACAGCCCUUCUCUUGGACGCAGUACGUUGAGAACUUUUAAACCUUUUUAUUUAGGAAAUUUUCAAAUACAUACAAAAUUAAAGAGGAGCCCCUAUAUACCUUUCCCUCAGUAUCGACACUUAUCAACAUCAUGUCAGUUCUGUUUUUAUCUAUUGCCCUCACUUUUUUCCCCUUUAUUUCCCACACUGGAGUAUCUUUUAAAUUGGCAUUCCCAGACCUAUGUCAUUUAAUCUUUAAGUAUGUCAUUUUAUAUCUCUGCUAGACCUUUUUUUUUUUUGAACUUUUCAUUUUGAAAUAAUUACAGAUCCACUGGAAGUUGCAAAAAAGUGUGUAUGGAGAUCCCCUGUACCCUACACCUGUUUUCCCCCAGUGGAAACCAGGAAGUUAGCAUUGGUCCAAUCCACAGAGUUUAUUUAGAUUUCCCCACUUUUACAUGCACUCAUUUGUAUAUUUGUAGAUCCAUGUAACCACCUCCACAAUCAAGAUACACAACAGUUCCAUCCCCACAAGGCUCCUUCCUGCUUUCUCUUUGUAACUACAUCCACCUUUCUGUCUCCUGACCCUUGGUGACCACUACCCUGUUCUCUAUGUCUAUAAUUGUAUUUAAAGAAUAUUAUGUAAAUGGAAUCAUGUAUUACAUAGCCAUUCAAGAUUGGCUGUUUUCACUUAAAUUUCCUUGAGAUUCAUCCAAGUAGUUGUGUGUAUCAAUAAUUAUUUUCUUUUUACUGCUGAGUAGUAUUCCAUGGUGUGGGUGAAGGACAUCUGAGUUGUUCCCAGUUUGGGGCUAUUAUAAAUAAAGCUGCUAUGAAAAUUCGUGUACAGGUUUUUGUAUAAACAUA